UGCGUAUUGUGUUGUCAGGCGGGCUGCUCCCAUCUAUCUUUAAGGGGCGGGGGAGAAGUUGGGUGUUGCCUCCCUCUUCAAGCAUAACUCGGGACCCACAAAGAGUUGCGCUCCGUUACAAUCUAUCCUCCUGAACCAGCGUCUCUCGGUCUCUCUGUUUACCCGUCGAAGCACCCCUCGAACCGCGAACCAUGGGAGUGGAAGGCUGCACCAAAUGUAUUAAAUACCUCCUCUUCUUCUUCAAUUUCGUCUUCUGGCUUGCUGGGGGGAUCAUUCUGGGCGUGGCCCUAUGGCUGAGACACGACACAAAGACCAGCAAGCUGCUGGACAUCAAGUUUGAAGAAGCCCAGGCACCCAGCACCUUCUACAUUAGUGUCUACAUCCUGAUUGCCGUCGGAGCCGUGAUGAUGGUUGUAGGUUUCCUCGGUUGCUAUGGCGCCAUCCAGGAAUCGCAAUGCCUUCUGGGAACUUUCUUCGCCUGCCUGGUGAUCCUGUUCGCCUGCGAGGUGGCUGCGGGCAUCUGGGGCUACAUGCACAAGGACACAGUGACCAAGGAGAUGAUCAACUUCUACGACUCAAUUUACGACAAGGCGGUCUCCGCAACUGUGACGCAAGAUAAGAGAGAGGCCGCCGCCUCUGUGCUCAGGGGUUUCCACGAGACGCUGGACUGCUGCGGUAAAGGACAGAUCACCAGUGUGUUGACCACACUGACAGACAAGAUGGGGCUCACCUCCAUCUGUCCCAAGACCAUCACCCUCACCAACUGUCACACCAGGAUCGAGGAGCUGUUCACUGAUAAGAUCUACCUGAUCGGCAUCGCCGCCCUGGCGGUCGCUGUGAUCAUCAUCUUUGAGAUGAUCUUCAGCAUGGUUCUAUGCUGUGGGAUCCGCAACAGCCCGGUGUACUAGAGCACCAGGGGGGCUCCCCCAAGAUAUGAUGGAAGGAACCCUUUAUGUCCUCCUCCUCCUCUCUCUGUACAUGUAUCUGUAUCUUCCUUCACUGCUCACCAUCCCUCUCUCUCCCCCCCUCCCUCUCUCUUCCCCUCUCUCUCUCCCCGUCUUCCCCUCCCUCUCUCUCCCCCCCUCCCUCUCUGUUACCCCUCUCUCCUCCGCCCCCCAGUGGCUGUAUUGUGUAACUGCCCCUCUCCCCCCUUCCUCUCUCUGCUACCCCUGGUGGCUGUAUUGUGUAACUGCUUGCUGGAUCUGUAGUCGUCUAGGAGUGGGGGGCGUCUGUACCCCGCCGCCGCUGCUCCUCUCGAAGAUGCUGUUUCGUAUUUGACCAGUGCUGCCCUUCAACACAGGCACACAAACACACAAACACACGCACACACACUACACGCCCCACAAGUUCUACCGAAUGCAAAGCUUCACUUUUCUUUCGUUUUUUGUUCUUUCUGACCUUCACCGCGUUCACGCUGAAGUCUGUGAGAAUUCCUCUUUUUCCACUGUUUUAUGUAUAAACUGUAUAUAAAUAUAUGAUAGCAGUGCUUUAUGACUGCAUAAGCAUGGUUGUUGUACUAGACUCCGCUAUAGUGUUAAUGCUUGUUUGCCUUGCCUUGACCAACCACUAAGAGCUUGAGAGCUGGUAGCCUGGCUAGACAUGACAGAGCCGCGAUGCAGGCCGACCUACUGCAGUCAGCAUCAUGAUAGAACCGCGAUGCAGGCCUAGCGACUGCCGCUAGCAUCAUGAUAGAACCGCGAUGCAGGCCUAGCGACUGCCGCUAGCAUCAUGAUAGAACCGCGAUGCAGGCCUAGCGACUGCCGCUAGCAUCAUGAUAGAACCGCGAUGCAGGCCUAGCUACUGCAGCUAGCUUCCCUAGCGUGCACGUGCACACACUGACGCACACGUAUACAUACAUACAAACGCACACACACACGCAUGUAUACAUGCAUACAAAUGCGCAGACACACACACACACACACACACACACACACACACACACACGCACGCAUAUGAAGACCUCCCUGCCUUAUAGACCAUUCUUACCAUUCAGUCACCUCACAGUGGGCCCGUGUGUGUCGGGGCGCGAGGAGACGUUAGAGACGCACCCCGGGCUUCCUGGCUCAAAGCCAUGUGAUCCCCAUUCCCCAGGUUUAUAUUACGUAACACCGUUUACCCUCAUCCUGUGCUUAAACCACACAGGAAGGGAACCCCCUGAUUAUCAUGUCUAGGACGGCCGUAGCGAUCGCUAUGGACGCAGCGAUAGGCCAGACUUCAUCGCAGGUCAUCCAGGGCCGUGCCACUCCCUGUCGUUGGGUCCUCUUAUCAUUCGAUGGCUCAAGAGUACUUAAUUUAAGGCCUUCACAUCGUUGGGCUCGAUGCCCGGCGACACAGUGCGUUAACGCUGGAACCUGCGAGAGCUACUCUGAUUUCAUCGGUUCCCUACCCUGCUGCAGUAUUCACGGCUCACCAUUAGAGGUCAGGCGUGUUCCACUGCCAGCUUUGGGUUGAUCUCUGUUAGUUUUAUUUAGUCCAAACGGUCUGGGGGAUUCGGGUUUCAAAACGUUCAGAGACAGUCCACCGAUAGAUGCGGAUACCUGCAAUUGAGGCAACAACAAAACAAGCAUUGAUUUGCUCGCUCCGCUCCCUCCUACACGCACAAUGCCACACACACACACACACACACACACACACACACACACACACACACACACACACACACACACACA